AUGUUGAACAUUUCGGGCUUUGUCCAGCGGGCUCAGCAGCUGCUUGAUCCCAAUGCUACUUCUGGCUCGGGCAACGGUUCCGGCUCAACCGGUGCACCAGCCGGCUUCCUCGCGGGCCUCACCGGCGACAAUACAAAGAAAAGCCCUUCCAAAGCCGCCCUUUUUCAGGCCCAGUUCCGCCUUCCCGCGUCCCAGCACCCACUGCACGAGAUCGCUGCCGAGCUGACCCUCCCGCCCUCCGAGAAAGAGACCGUUGGCCUCGUCGCUGCUCCUGCAUCCAACAACGCUGCGUACCGCUACGCCGGGCGCCUUCACCUCUCCGAAGCCUACCUCUGCUUUUCGACCGCCCCGUCGAGCUUCGUCUCGUCCGCGAGUCAGGCUACCUCCUCCGCAUUUACGGGCCAGACCCACGGCGAAGGUCCCAGCGGAAAGGGUUUUACAUUCCCGCUGUGCGCCAUUCGCCGGGUCGAGCGCCUCCACACCCAAAACUUCCAGUUUUGCCUGUCGAUAACGUCAUGGAACGGCUUGCUGUACGAGGGCUCCUCUGCACCCAAGGGCGACGAUGCCAAGGGUCCAGCACCUGCUGUCUCGCCUCCGCGGGAACAGCGCAUCACCAUUGAGCUGGCCGGUUCACGUCAGGCCUGCGAACGCUUCUGCGACGGCCUCAAGAAGAACCUUCGUACGGCCAUUGGACAGAUUGGAAAGAUGCGGGGUGUGGCCAGCGAGUGCUACUCCGAAUACCUGCUACGCCCUGAGGAGCGCAAGACGACAAUGAACCCGCCAGAUGCUGGACUUGGUAUGGUCUUCCGCUACCCGGGUGACGCCAAAAAGCUGCGUGAUCGCGCCAAAAUGCGGCUCUGGGCAGAGUACCUGCGUGACAAUGGCCGUAACCUGACUCUGGUUCGCCACCCCACCUUCUACAAGCUGAUCCGCGUCGGCCUGCCGAAUCGUCUCCGUGGUGAAAUGUGGGAGCUGACAUCCGGCUCCAUCUACCUGCGCUUCGACAACCCCAACCUCUACAACGACACCCUCGAGACCUACAAGGGCCAGGAGUCGCUGGCCAUUGACGAGAUCGAGAAGGAUCUGAACCGCUCGCUGCCCGAGUAUGCUGGUUUCCAGAGCGAGGACGGCAUCGGCCGGCUGCGGCGGGUUCUGACGGCUUACAGCUGGGUCAAUGCCGACGUUGGCUACUGCCAGGCCAUGAACAUUGUCGUGGCUGCCCUGCUCAUCUACAUGUCCGAGGUCCAGGCCUUCUUUUUGCUGUCCACCUUGUGCGACCGGCUUGUGCCGGGCUACUACUCGACCACUAUGUACGGCACUCUGCUCGACCAGAAGGUGUUUGAGUCUCUCGUCGAGAAGACGAUGCCGAUUAUCUGGGACCAUUUGGUCAAGAGCGACGUGCAGCUCUCGGUGGUGUCGCUGCCCUGGUUCCUGUCGCUGUACAUCAACUCAAUGCCCCUUGUGUUUGCCUUCCGCGUGCUCGACGUCUUUUUCGUCGAAGGCCCCAAGGUGCUGUUCCAGGUCGGCCUGGCCAUUCUGCGCAUCAACGGCGAGGAGCUCCUUGACGCGGGCGACGAUGGAGCCUUUAUCUCGGUGCUCAAGUCGUACUUCUCGCGCCUAGACGAGUCCGCACACCCGCGAUCUGAUAACCCCAAGCUGCGUGCCGUCACUCGCUUCCAAGAGCUCAUGGUCGUUGCUUUCAAAGAAUUUUCGGGCAUCACCAACGCCACCAUCGCGGACCUGCGCCAGAAGAACAAGGACGCUGUCCUCAACAACAUCGAAAACUUUACAAAGCGCACCGCCCUCCGCAACCUGGGUCCCGACAGCAAGGUCCUCAGCACACAGGAGCUGGGUGGCCUGUAUGACCGCUUUUACGGUGUCCUGUACGAGCGCCAGCAGAGACAUCUCAUCAUUCGUCAACAGCAGGAACAAAUCGUCCAGCAACAUCAGCAGAUGUUGCAACGGCAACAGCGACAACAACGGCGGGCCAAACUGGGCCUGGAUGGCGCCGAUCCUUCCCCAUCGACACCGCCUCUUCCCAAGCCCAAUAUCUCGUCAGCCCCUGACGCGGAGCAAGGACGGGUCGGGCUUGGUGCCAGUACCAGCCAGAUGGACUACGACGCUUUCCGCGAGUUCCUCGCCGGCAUGUCCAAGUGGGCUAUCUCGGACUCGCCAACUACACCCGUCAACGACUCGUUUAGCGACCGUGAAAAGAGCCCAUCGUUCUCCGCCUCAACGGCCGCUGCCUACUUCUCGUCCCUUCGAAGUCCAACGGGCAACUCCAGUGCAAUCAUGUCGCCGUGGGGUGUCGGACCGGAGCCGGCCGAUCACGAAUUCUUGCAACGACUCUUUUCGCAUUGGGACAAGGACAACGCCGGCUGGCUGACGCUGCCCAAUGUUGUCAGCGGCAUUGCCCGGAUCAAGGGAAAGCGCGAUAUCAUGGGCGCCAUCAACUAUUUCUUUGAGCUAUACGACGACGACGGCGACGGCCGCGUGGAUCGCGAGGGCAUCCUGCGCAUGUCGGAGGCCCUGUUGUUCUUGUCGCGCCGUGGCCUCGAGGGGACGCUGAGCCCCGAGAACCAGGCCGCUCUGGACGCUGCUAACAGCGCGAACGAGAGCCUCCACAGUGGCUCUUCCAGUCCUCUGCCGUCGGAGAUGACGAUCAAUGAGCGGUUCCUCGGUAGUGUGAGCGCGUUCAUCCGGCGAUGUUUUGAGUAUGCCGACCCAGACCACCCGCAGAGCGAAAUAAAGGCCGAGGCGAAAAGGGCCAAAAAGGAAAAGAAGGACAAAAAGGCACAGAAGAGCGCCAAGCCGGCCGAUGUCGGCGAUACCGCCGGUCUGGCCCAACCCGACUCGUUUGCCAUUGGCGACAGCGAUGACGAGGACAGUGAAGACUACUACGAUAACGAUGACGGCGACGAUGAGGAUGACGAAGAGGACCUUCUGGCACUAUCACCCCAUGGAAGUCCCAAGCCUGCCAAGGCGAAGCAUUUAACCGUCGACGGAGCUGACGCUAAGCGCCGCAUCGUCUCCAAGGCCGAGUCGGAGCGCGCCAACGUGGCUCUCGACCCUUCCAACCCCCUGCACAUUACGCUCCCCACGUUCCGCAUGGUCGUGCUUGCCGAUGAGUUGCUCGAGCAGUUCUUUGAGUCGUCCUUCCCAACCUCCUUCCAUGUGAUCGAGGGCGUCUCCUUGGCAAGCCCGUCGUCUAACGCGUCUGCUCUCACCACCUUUGCCAACCUAGGCAUCGGUGCCGGUCGGGCGGCUGCAGCUGCGUUUGGCAGUGCUGGCAAUGGUAACGGCAGCGCUGGCGCUGCUGGCGGUCUCUCACCCGGUGUCGGUGCCGGUGGUCCCCGGCCCGGCGCGCUUCAAGCCGGCCAGGCCUUUAGCGGCGCCUCGCGCGGUCUCCGUGGCGUGCUCGAUAACAUUGUCACCGACGGAAUGCGCGUGGCGGCCGAAGUGCGCAAGCGCAUGGAGGAGGCCCAGCGUGAGCUAGAGAAGAACGCCUUGCCCGGCCAAGCCCGGCCGAAUGCUGACGCCGACGACGAUGAUGAAGACGACGAUGACCUGGUUGUCUCUUCGGGCAGUGGUGGUCGAUCAGCCGACCUGGAUCUCCUGGAAGGGGCCGAUGCCAAGGCAGAUGGUGGUGGCGACAGCAAGGGGGGCAUUGCCAUGAAGAAAGACAAGAGCAGCGGUGGCCCGGCUGCGUCUGUUACGACGGAGCGGAUCAUUGAGUUUGACGCAUAA